AUGAAGCUGAAGACUCAAGUGUGCAAUACAUGUGCCACAAUUUCCGUGUUAGACUUCCGUGAGGUCAUUGGCUGCUUGAUACAAACCGCAGAAAUGGCUUCCGCGUCAUUCUAUCAUCUCGUAAACCCUGCGGGCCUUCCUUCACGGAUUUUCAUCACUGGUGACUCGUUAGCUAUCGCUGGAUCGACCCUGACCGUCUUUUAUACCUUUCAUCAAAUCAACGUUGCGCGCCAUGUUCAACAGGAACUCAAGAAGGACAAGCGCAAUCGUAACACUCUUGAAGAAAACCGUGUUAGCAACACUGCUAACAGGUUCCAGCCAGGUCAGAUUCUUGCAGCCAACUUGCUAAUCCUUCACGCCGCUCUGUGGGCCAUCGUCCGUUCCACUCUCCACCUUACCUUCACCAUCAAGCAAGUAAGGAACCCUGACGCCUGGGAUUUACACAAAGGCUUCGAAUACCCCAUGGUAUGGACCAUAGAGCGUAGCGACAUGAAGCACCUCGGAAGUGCUAUCCAAACCUUCACGUGGGGAACGCUGCUAUUCACGGCAAUGCCCAUGUUUUGGAUGGUCAGGCAAUUCUUUCCCAAAGCCUUUCUACCGAGGGCUCGCACGCUAUCGCUUCUGUGGAACAUGCUGCUUGUCUUUGUCUUUUCCAUUCUUUGGAUAGUUAACAGCUUUGGGUCAACGGCAUCAAAUGGCGUUAGCUUCGCCAUGCUGGCGUGGGUCAACCUCAUCAUGGUCAGUCUGCUCUCAUCCAUGCUCAAGAUCCAGAGACAUGCAACAAGAGCAAAGGUGCAAGGUGUAAGUAGAUCUUUCCGACUUGGCCUUGAUGAGUGUAUCCUGUCGCUCGGUAAAGACUAA